AUAAAUAAAUUAACAUCACAUACAUAACUAUGUCAUCCACUAACGUCGUCACGUCUCCGAAGCUACUAAGCAUCCUCUGGUACCACACCUACGUUUGCGAAGCACUUGUGAAGGUCUCAACUGUCCACCUGGAUAAGCAACAAGCUUGUCAUAAUCCUCCUCAUCGUUAUCCUGCAUAUAUUAAUGAUGAUCAUGAAGCCUAAAUGUUGAACUCUAUGUAGUGUGUAAACGGUCCACAUCAUGUGAGUCCAUCAAAGAUCCUUCAACCGUUGGUGAUGUCCUACGACUACUUGAAAAACUAGCUUCUGCUGGUGUAUGAAAUUGAUAACAUCUACUAUGAUGUCGAGAGGAAGUCUGCUCUACUUAAACUGACCUAGUGUAGGAACGAAGCAUGUUGAUGGCUCUAGGUCGGGCUUGGGAAUGGAAAAGUGAGGAACAUAUGCAUCCCUAGAAGGUUGAUGAAUCUCAUAAUGGUGCCAAAAAGGUGGUGGAGACGAACGCUCCGGCUAAUGCAUCUGCCAAAAGCAGUCAAAAUCCCGAUUUAAAUCUUAAAAUCCUACGGUUUUACGAUUUUACUUACUUGUUCCGAUUCUGAUUUCACUAUAAAAUAUAUUGAUCUUAAAAUCCUACACUAUUCACGAUUUAAAUCUUUACAAUCUUUAAAAUCUUACGAUUCAAAUCUUUGGGUCAAUUUUACAUUUUUUUCCCAGAAUUUGCAAAAUUACGCCUCUUUUCCUUCUCCUCCACCAACAUCAUCUAGUUCUCGCACACCAUCGACCAUCAUUAAUUCACAUCCGCGUAUUAAUCAUCAUCGAUUCACCACUUCCCAACAUGAUAAAUCAGAACAUUAACCUUGAGAAAUUAUCAUUUUAGACCAGAUUGUGGUGGAAACACCGGUUCAUUCGGCUUAGGGAGGGCUAUUAUUCGACUUAGGGAGGGAGGUUAUUCAGCUUAGGGAAUCCUACGACGGGUAUUCGGCUUAGUAGGGUAUCCGAAUUGUUAUGUGUUGUUGUGUUAUUCAUGAUUUUUCUUAUUACUAUUAUUAUGUCUUUAUUUUUAUAUGGACCUUAAAAUCCUAGGAUGUUAUGAUUCCGAUUUUAUCUCCCUUUUUUAUUUUACUUAAAAUCCCGAUUCUGACUGCUAUGCCACCAACACCUAAUUCACGCAAUUUGAUACUUAUUUAUGCAAUUUGGUUCCUAUUCAUGAAAAUGUGAUGGUUUGCAAGGAAAUGAUAAUGGUUAUUCACAUAAUAGUGUGUUUAUUUACCCAUGUUAUUUAUUCCGCAAUUGUAGUAUUUUAAAAAAUCAGUUUUAAAUUUAUAACAUAUCAAAUUGAACUUCUUGCAACUAAUUUAAAAAAAAAAUCCAAAUUUAUGACCAAUACAAAUUUUAGAAGAAAAUAUUUUGGGUCUAUUUAGUAUUUGUUUUUUUUUAUGAAUAGUGUUUUUGUCUCUAGAGAAGCCAAUGAAAACUUUCCAUCCCUUCGUUAAGUGUUCAGCCCAAUUCACACCGAAAAACAAAACUUGAGCCUAAAACAGAGUAUUAGCCCAAGAGAAAGAGGAAGUAAACGUACUUUGUCACUCGAUACAAAUUUAGGAGUCGGACGCCCCAACGGAAUGCUUACAGGCUAAGCAAAGAGUUAUCGCACGAUCCCUUCUUCCUUCAGUUUUUAAACAAUGGGGAAAAGGAAUGGAAUGUGAACGAAGCGAUCGCCGGCUAGAAAGGAGAGGAAAAGAAUAACGAACGGGAACAGAAGAUGGGAGUGCUCUCCAACAAAGUGCAGAGAGAAGAUCUUAAGCCAGGCGAUCACAUUUACUCCUGGAGGCACGGCUACGUCUACUCCCAUCAUGGUAUAUAUGUUGGAGAUGGAAACGUAAUCCAGUUCACUCGUGGAGCAGGCCAGGAAAUCGGCACUGGAUUAUUCAUAGACAACAUAAUUUUCUCAUCUCUAUCUCGUUCUUCUGAUAGCCCGUGCCCAAACUGUGGCGACCAAUCUAGCCUGGAUGGUGUCAUUAGAUCCUGCCUCGACUGUUUUCUCUGGGGCGGUGAGCUCUAUCUUUUCGAAUAUGGAGUCUCACCAACUUUCUUCUUAGCCAAGGCUAGAGGUGGGACGUGCACUCUCGCUGCCGCUGACCCUCCUGAAGAUGUCCUCCACCGGGCAUCCUUCCUUCUCGAGAAUGGGUUUGGCGGGUACUGCCUUUUCAGGAACAACUGCGAAGAUUUUGCAAUCUACUGUAAGACUGGACUGAUUGUGUUCACCAGCAUCAGUGUUGGGAGGAGUGGACAGGCAGCGUCUUUCAUUGCCGCUGCGAGUAGUGUACUUUCAUCGCCACUUCGGUUCUUGACUACCAGCUUCAGUGGUCUAGCGGUUGUCGGUUUGUGUAUGUACAGCAUUAGCAGGUUGGUGUCAGACAUUGGGGUGCGACGCGAUGUGAAAAAGAUCCCCGUCGAGAGGCUUGUUGCUGCGGACUGCAGUUCAGAGUCUUCAGUUGAGCCGCCAGAAGCCGUUCCACCGCUGCCUGCCAAAGAAAAGGAGACAUGAAGAUGAUAAAAACACAGACAUUUGAUAAGGUCUGUCAUGUUUGAGCUGGAGGUUGUGACUUUUAUUUUAUGAUCAUUAUGUGUGUCGCGAAUUGUUAAACCCUUUUGUUAAGCAACCAGGCCAACACUCUGCAGUCUGCACCCGGCUGGUUUGCUUCCUUGCCUUUAGUUAUUGUUUUGCUUGUGUGAAGUUGGACAAUAUCGAGUUCGUUUCGCCGGCUGAUGAGGGAUGAGUGGCAGCGUUGUCUGAAAUCUGUAACUUUAUUAAUAUUUUUGUUCAUUCAACCUCUUCAACCUUUAGCAAACCCGACGAAAUCUUGCUGUUAUUCCCCACUGAAACGUGUUGAGCUUGCUAAUAAGUAGAACCCAAUGAAGCAGAUUACUACAUCCUUUUAAUUGUAUCCAAUCAGCCAGUUGGAUAAGUUGGAGUGCAAUGUUCGUAAUGAGAGACUCAAGGGACCUUGUGUUCUAUCCAUGCAACAUGACACUUUUUAAGUUUCAAGAAUACCCAACAGUUAUCACAGAAACGGAUAAACGUAUAUGCUGCAUGAAAUACCCUGAUACACGUUAAAGAGAUUUGACAAUAUAACAAAGUGCAUCUGAUCUUCUGCCUAUCACUAGCAAUCACCAGGUUAAACAAAAAUGAUACCGUUCUCUUUAAUGGCGUCGAUAACAAUCCCCAGCUUGCCCUCAAUCCUCUCGUUCUUUCUCGGUUCAUAUGACAUUACAUAUACAUCGGCUUCUUUUGAUCUCUCUGCUAUGAGCUCGCCAAUAAGUCUACAGGCAUGGUGAUCUGUGAGGGAGGGCAAACUGUUCCUAAGGUCCUUGGAGUUGGUGGUGGCAACAGAUAUUACUUUGCUUGUCCCCCGGUGCAUCACUUUGGCGUGGACAAAUCUCUUUGAAAAGAACACGUUCAGCAAGAAGGGCCUCAUGUACAUGUCAGUCCUCUGUUUCCAUGACUUCUUGUUCGGUUGCUUUGCCAGCUCACCACGAGAUCUCCUCGUCCACGCAGCUCGAAUGAAAGGACUGCAUGAAUUCUACAAAAGACAUGAUUCGUCAACAGUUCUCUCUUUAGCAAGCAGGUAGCCAACAGAUGACAGAAGGUGAAUGAAACAUAGUCAACAACAGGCAACAGCAAUGGUCAAGAGGAAGGGGUAACCUCAUCAUAAUCACAGAACUACUUUUACCCCGAGAUGCUUAAUUUUGAACAUCCUAAUACAUAUGAAUCGAAAUAGACAUUAGGAACGUCACACCUGCUUAACAGAUUUGAAUUGUACCGCAAGAAACGUUAUGGUCCUAAAUUCCCCAUAAACUGGGAAGCAACAUCAAAAAGUUGAGAAACUAGUCACGUAAUGGGGACACAACCUAAUCUUGCUUAUAGCAUUUCUUGAUCAAGUGGAGGGUACACUUAACAUACAGUGCUGCUUACAUGAUCUCUUGUUCAUUAGAGUUGGUCCAACAAAAGGUCCCCAGAUACUCCAAACCCAACUAAGCCGACGGGCAGCCUAGAGGACGUGCAAACAGGAAUACCGACUUCUUACGUAUAACGAUCUUCCUCAUAUAGGGCAAUUCUUGCAAGAGAGGAACAGCUGAGAGACAGCUUCAAGCUGCUAAUCGAUUAGAAUGAUUUUAACCCCAUCUAAAGCUCAUUCACAAAGUGGGAAUCUAGAACUGCACUUGAGCGUCAGCAAGAUUAUUUCAAGCAUCAAGUCCUCUGGAGGAAUUCAUCAAUGAUCAUCAUCAGAUAUUCUAUCAUUAACAGCACCUUAACCUGAAUCUAGAAAUGGAGGAACAAGUUGUUGAACAGGGCUAAAAAAUGAAGAUAGGGCUCGUUGCAUACAUCCAUGGUUCAACAUCCACGACAGCUAACCCCAGUGAGAUAAAUUGAAUACAUAGGA